UUCUGGAAAUCCCUCCUCAUCCGGUGCAAACUGAAAGUGAAAAUUAGUUUAGGUCAAAAAGAAGUUUUAACUGCGUCAAAGUGCAUAUAUGUUUCAAAUAUUUAAAAUAUUUCCAGUCGAAUAGAAACAGUUCUUCGCGAAAGAAAAAUCACUACCCGCAACCUAAUAGGUGAAGAUGAUCAAAAGUCUCAGCAUUAUUUUGAUAUUUGUAGAGUUCGUCAUUAUCUCUGAUGGAUUCCUGCUACACGGCUCUGCUGACCUUCUAACAGCCCGGCUGGGAGGAGCUGUACUGCUGCCCUGCUUUGUGGACAGACCCCUGCCUUUGGAGGAGCUGGAGGUGGACUGGAGAAGGACUGAUUCAGGCACCGUCGUCCACCUAUUCCAGGAGGGUCAGAGCAGACCUGAAUCACAGGGGGACGCCUACAUUGACAGAGCCCACUUCUUCUCUCAGGAAAUCCCCAAAGGCAACUUCUCUCUGCUGCUUGAGGGUGUGAGGACUGCAGAUGCAGGAGUGUACAAGUGUGUGGUUUAUACAGAGCAGGAGCAACGUGAAACACAGGUGGAAAUACAGGAAUUAGAGUGGCUGGUGGUGACGGGUGCAGAUGAGCCUGUCUAUGCACAUGCUGGAGAGGAUGUGACUCUCAACUGCUCUGUGGACACCCAUGUUAAUGUGACAGAGCUUGAGGUGGAAUGGAGAAAGACAGACGAUGACAUCUUGGUGCUUCUGUAUGAUGAUGGAGAGAACAGACCAGAGUCGCAGGAUGACAGAUACUUUGGAAGAGCUGAUUUCUUCACUGAGGAAAUUCCCAAAGGAAACUUCUCAAUGAAACUGAGGAAAGUCAGGACUGAAGACAAAGGAGAGUUCAGGUGUCAAGUCCACUCAGAUACUGAUUCUGCCAAUUCAACUGCCAGGAUAGCAGCACUGGGUUAUUCGUCCUUCCAUUGGCUGAUUCUGGGGCUCUGCAUCGCUGUCAUACCUGUAGUCCUACUUACUGGUGCUUUAUCUGUCAGGCAUUUAAUAAGGGGAGAUGAAAGCAAACAGGCUCUGUUGAGUCACUGCUCACAUGUCACAAUCCCACCAAUCAUGGUUUCCUUAGCAUUCAUCCUGUGGGGUGUAACUGAAGGAUCCACAGAAGAGGCUCUUACUUGUACUGUCGUCAGCCUGCUGUGUAUCCUGGUGCUGUUGAUUAUGGCUCCACAUCUGGACUUAUUUACAAACAAGGUGAAUGCUAUUAAAUACAUGGCCCUGUGUUUAGGAAGCACCAUCGUUAUGAUCUUUGUAUUUGCAGGUCUGUUCAUUGACUAUUCAAUAAACCUUUCCCCAACUCCAAAAGAUAAAGCAAUAACUGGAGGCAUAAUGGGUGGAAUCACAUUUUUUCAAAUCAUAAUUGCUAUAUGCCUAGGAGUAUAUCACCUGAGAAGGCAAGCGCCAGAUACAGAAAAUCCCACAGUGCUGAACAUGCUGCUCCUUGGUUUCUCUCCCUUUUUCAUUUCCAUCCCAUACAAGACAUUAAUAUUAGAUUUGGCUCAGAAAAGCCUUUUGGGGAUUUUAUUCAUGCUCUACGCAAUAAUACACUUCCACUAUCUAAGUCUGCUUCUGGAAAAUAACAAAGAACGACUUGAAAAGAUGUGCCAAUUUGUGUUCAUCUACAUUCUGACUGUCACAUUCUGCUUUAAAAACUGGGAUCGGGCUGAUUUACUUGCCAAACCCCGUAAAUAUUUGUAUUUCUCAGGGACUUUUGGUCUCCCUCUCCUAAAUUCUGUAGCCAUGGCUACAGAAUUAGUAUGGAAAGCAAACACAGGAAAACAGCCACUGGAUCUACGGCUGAUUGUCCUGAUUUCUGGGUCUGUCUUUCUCUUUGGCUGGUUUGUUAUACAGAUGUCUGCAUACUGUAUGAAGAAAAAACAAAAAUUAACACAAGGGAUCGCCUUUCUUCAGAGAUACAGUUAUCCUGAACCAGACCAGAGAACAUGUGACAAUCGGGAGCUGGAAAUCUUGCCACUUGGUGAUUCCAAUGGACGGAACACAGAGCAGAUGACUAGGAACUAGAGGGCAGUGUUGGAAAGAAAAUGUAAAU